AAUGAGUCUUGAAAGGUUGAAAGAUAGAGAGAGAAACAAAGACAUGACAGAGAGAGAAAGAGGGAAGAUGUCUUCAAGGUUCAAAUUCCAACCAAACCCACCUCACACAAUCCCUUACACACACACACAAAAACAAAUUUCACAUACAGACCAAUUAAUAAUGGUUUGUUCCACAAAUACCCUUCUGCAACCCCCAAAAAUCUCCAUCUUCAUGACUCCAUUGUCUACCAUCAUGUGGGCUUUUUGGGGCUUUCUCUUUGGUCAGAGUUUCAUCACAAUCAACAGAGAAAACAGGAAAAAGCAAGAACCUUUUCACCCCUACACCAUUCAUAUUUCUUUAUAGUCUUAAUUUCUUCCCCACACCAUUCUCUCUCUCUCUCUCAUCUUUCUCUCUCUUGUUUCAAUCUUUUACCAUUUUUGAGAUCUGAUGAGUAAGAAGAUGAAAGGGGUUGCUUUGUUUUCGUCUCCUCAUGUGUCUUGUGAUGAUAUUAGGGCAAGAUUUAAGCAUCAAACCCUUGUUAAAGAUUAUCUUGAGUUGCAACAGGAAACAGAGGCUGCAAGAAACAAAUUGGAGGUCAUGAAGCAAAAGAAACAUACUCUAGAAGCUGAAGUUAGAUUCUUGAGACGUCGACACAAAUUUCUGUCGAAAACCAGAUCAACUUCACAACAAGUGAAAUCACAUAAUGUUGAAACAACCCAAUACAGAAAAAGCAAGAAGGAGAAGGUUAACCCGAAAAUGGUGGCAGCUUUGCCCAAUUUGCCCCUGUUUCCCGAUCAAAUCCAAAGAGGGAAAACGUAUACAAAGAAGAAAAAUAUCGUUACAAGUCAACCACUUCCGAUGUUUGACUUUGACAGGAAUGUGAAUUCGCAUGGAAACAACUCGUUUCCGGUGACUGAAAUAAAGCAGAAAUCAGCUGCGGUUCAAGUUCAAGCUAGAGUACCUAUAUUCGACUUGAACCAGUUAUCGAUAGAAGAAGAAGAAGAAUUACAAGAGAGCUUUGAGGAUCAAAGGAAAGAACAACAGAACGAUUUAAAGCUGUCGAUUUGUAGAAAUGUUGGUGAUGGUUCGACGAAUUUAUCAGGAAAGAGGAAAAUCUCGUGGCAAGAUCUUGUGGCCUUAAGGGUAUGAACUAAUGGUUAACUAGACGAUUUAGGUAAAACGAUAUGCUUAAUGACCAUUAGGACUUGGUAAACUGGUGGUUAUGUUGAUGUUUUGAUGCUAAUUUUAUGGGUUUAUAAGAAAUCUAUGUAAAGAAAGGUUUGUGGGAUUAGUAAGUGUUUGUUUUUUUGAACACUCAAGGGAUGAAGGAUCAUAAGUUCAUAACCAUGUAUAUGCUGAUAAUAUCAUGUUUGUUUUUUAA